AUGGCUGAUUUUCGCCAGCUCGCGCUCGACUAUGUCCUGGAAGAGAACAAGGUGAAAUCAGUUCGCUUUGCCCAGAUAGCCGCCAAGGAGAUUGAAACGGCUGCCCCAAAUUCCAACCCGGUAGCACGAUGGGUUGAAUCUGUUCAACCCUGGAUGCCUGGCAGCAAUGAUGACGAUGAGAUGCGAGAUAUUGAUGACACACCGGACUGGACGGCAAGAUCAAGAGCAUUGGACUUCUUAUCGCGGACGUUGAAUUACCUGAACUCAGAAGCCCUCAAACCCAGCCAAGUUAGUCUCUUGGUCACAUUCUUUGGAGCCAUGUUUGAUGUUGAUCACAAGGCGGGUAUUCUACCGUCAGCGACUGCACUCUCUCGCAUCAUUGCCAUGAAGUCGUUUCACCCGAGCAGUGGCAGGGGCAUCAUUCAAAAGGUGUGCACACUGAAAGAAGACUUCCCUCGGCAAGCAUCGAAGACUCGUCUUGCCAUAUACGAGCUGCUCAGAUCGCUACUCAGCAAUCCAGAGGUCGCUAGAGACCUUAAGCAGCGAGAUGGCCAGGACACCGCAUUUAUGAAGGAGCUUUUGCACCUUUGCCAGACUGAAAGGGAUCCUGAUUGCUUGAUGGUAUGGUUUGAUGUACUUCGACUCUUUAUUUCAGAGUAUUCACCGUCCAAAGAUACAUUGGAGGAAGUUUAUGGAACAUUCAAGGCAUAUUUUCCCAUCACUUUACCUCGUACCGCCCAGAGUGGCGUGACGCCUGAGGAACUGAAAUUGCGGCUGCGCAAAUGCUUCUCAUCAACCCAUCGUCUUGCCUCCCUGUCUCUACCUUUUCUCAUGGGUAAAUUAGACCAAGGAGACGGUGUUACCGUCAACGUAAAGGUUGAUGUUUUGCGGACAAUAAGGGCUUGCUUGGAAGAGUACCAAGACCCAGCGGAAUCAAUCACACCAUAUACGAGCAGAAUAUGGACCAGUUUGAAAUAUGAAGUCAGGAACGGAGAAGUGGAAGACACUAUUUGGGCAACGCUCGAAGUCCUUAAGGCCCUUACUACAAGACUAGCGGGCGACGACUUGCGCGACUACACACUGGCGGUUACCAGAGACUGCGUGGUUGAUUUGGCCACUCCAAUGUAUACCACGGCUGCUGGUCGAUUGCUCGUUAGCGUGCUCAGUGCCAACCCCGGCGCCUUUGUUCUCAUGGUUGCGCCAGCAAUCACGCACAUCAAGGAGAAUCUUCGUCACCCCAAAUCACCGACUCAUAGCCAGGAUCUUCUGAAAAUCCUGCGCAUUAUUCUGGAAACCCGUUUACUACUCACGGAUGCGGAAAUGUCAGAACAGGAUAGGAAUGACUUCGCAGCGGUGGAUGGAAUUUUCAAGUCUCUCUAUGCUGAUGUUUACAGAGGGCCUUUGGGAUUGUUCGCAAUCUCAGGCGUAUCUGACGAGGACUUGAGACUGUCAACAGAGGCAGCACAAGGUCUUGGUGCUCUCAUUGGGCAGAGAGAAGUCAAGUCCCUGGCUUCUGAAACAGCCCAGAGGACUUUAGACUUCCCGUUGCUGCUACCCGUGUCGACAUGUGAUGAAAGCUGUGAGACCCUGUUCAAGAUUUCCACAAAACAAUGGGACGAAAAGUCAAGGAGAAUCGGCGCCGAUGACCUGGUCAAUGAAUCAGUAAAGGCCUUGCACCGCAUCAUCCAGGUAUAUCCCAAGGGAUAUCAGUCAUUGAUCACUAAAGGAUCGUCCAUAUUUCGACAAUCCAUUGUCAACCUUACAGAUGACUCCAUAGCCACCAUUCAAUCACUGGGACCGCUUCUAGCGUAUGUUGGUUGCUCGUCUCUGUCGGCGGAUCUGGCGUUAUCACUUGGGCGGUUUGUGCAAGUCAUGAGGACCAUCGAACUGGAGUUGGAGGCAGCUAUUGACCAGGCAGCCAGCCCGAAAAUAUGGUGUUUCCUGGUUGCUGGAAUUCACUCAACUGUGAGAUACUUCAAUGAGGCCUGUUUGGAAAAGGACGCAAAGGCCAGUUUAAUGGAGGACGCUCCAUCAUUGGACCAAAUCACUGCCAAGUAUCCCAUGCUGGCAUCAACGAAUCCUGCUAGUGAGCCUACAUCGGCAACAGCUCAUUCAACCCCAGCCUCUGUUGGUGAGGCUCGUGGCGACGCUUUGUUGAUUGGUCUACACAUAGUGGGCUCUCUAUAUCGCCGGGCAACACAAUCGACCGAUGCUGGAGGCCAACUUACGAACAGCAGCGACUUCAACGGGUCAGAACCGCACUACGAACUGCGUUAUCUUUGUCUGCUCUCGGAAUUGGCUGGUUUCAUUGUCCAUGAGCUCAAUGAGUCUCAGCAAGCUUCUCUAGAAGUGGAGAAAUACGCACUUAACCUCUUCCGUGGGACGGAGGUCAACGUAUCAGCAUCGUCAUCGUGGACUUGGUUGACUUCUGGUUACUUGGGUGUUCUGUCCCUUGGAAUAUUGGAGUCUGUACGGCCUGCUAGAAUAGCCAAACUUUACGAAACUGGCGUAGCACAGCAAAUCCUAACCGAAGGGACAGCUACUAAAAGCCCUGUUCAUGACUUCCCAUUGCCACCUGUGAGCAGAUCCGUCCUUGCCAUAUUGGCAAAUAAACACGCCAUCGAGGCCCUCGACUCCGUCAUAGCGAAUGUGACAAGGAGUUUGCAAGAUGCUCUGCGAAACACCAGGAUAAAAAGUGAUAACGACUUAUCAACAGCAAAUCUGGAAACUUGCUUUUCUGUCUUCUCCUUGAUAGCAGGACUCUUCAGACGAUAUACUGGCAUCAAAAUGCAACCUCUCAUUCAGCUCUUACGUACUGCCCCCAAUGAUGCUCGGUCCGGCUACCAGCUCAGCCGAGGACUGGAAAUUAUCGUUGUCCCUCAGAAAUCUCUGACAAAGGAGAACUUUGCUGUUGUCAGACCCCUCUGGCUCCAGAAGGUCUACAUCGAGCUCAUCAGUCCCAUGCUAGGAGCAGCCUUGGGCAACGGCUCUGGCAUUACCGAUCCCCUUGUCAGGACCAACUUUGGCAUAUCAGUGCUGCUGAUGGUCAAGCAUUUGAGCUUUUCCAUCUAUGAACAGGAUGCAGACAAGAUUCUGCGAGUCGCCAUUGCCAUCGCUCAAAAUCUCAGCAUAGGAUCCGACAGCAUGGCUGCCUUGCAGGUGAUCAAGGAUAUCCUGGUAGAAGCCUCCGAAAAGGCGCAAGAACACAUCCGCAGCCUUGUAAAGAUCUGUACCGGUAUUUUCACAAGCAGGGAGCAGUCAUCAGGUCGACCGGAUUGGAUGCCCGCGGGAUACGGCGCCGGGGUUCCUAGUUUGGAAGUGGAAGCCGGCUGUGGUAAGAUAGCGUUGGAGAUUGUAGGUGGGCUGCCGCAAAUGUUUGAGUCCCGCCAUUUGUUGGCAUUUGCGCCACAGGUUCAGCGGGAUUUAUCAACUGCAUGUGGUCAUAAGAUGCGUGAACUGAGAAGUACAGCGCGGUUGGCGCGGGGUGCGUGGGCAGAUGUGAGAUGA